UUGUGGUAGUUGUGCUUUGUCAGUGAAUCGAAAAUUUAAAUGGCUGUGAAAAAAUUGCCAACCUAAAAUUCCCCACUAACCAGGAAGUACUUGGAUGAGGCGUUUAAAAAAACACUCUAUUUUCAAUUUCACUUCGGUCAAUCCAAGGAACUGAUCAUGAAGACUCUAGCUGCACAGUUUUUGGUUUGCGUCGUUGUCUUCGUCAGUCUUGCAUUCUCCCAAGAGGAUGGAGAGGGGAGGGGACUCCCAAAAUAUGCCGUGGUCAACAAACAAAUAAAUAUCAGGGAGAUCAUCCGAUUUGGCUGGAGAAGAGGAGAGGAGGGACAAGAAGAUACUGCUAGUUUUGAAAUCCCAGAAGACAAUAGUAACUCUUGGACCUCGUUAUCUUCGCUGUUGACAAAGGCAUCCAAUGCUGCUAGCUUGAGAAAGAUGAAAACAAUGUUGCCGCUCUCCGGCUUACGGUGGUUAGACCAAACCGACAACGAUCCUGGAAAAGCCGUUGUUUGUGGACCAGAGGGAGCUCACUUUAACAUCACAUGGGAACCGAAGGUCGUCGACUCCCAGAAGUCCGUCAAGGUUGAUUUUGACAUCACCAAUCCCAUCGACUUCGACAAGGGCCAGAUUCACUUAGAGUUAUAUCAAAAGGGUAGCAGUGACCCGAUGUUCUCCUUGGAUCAAGACAUGUCAUGCAGUCAAAUUGCUCAAGUGGCCCCAUUUGUUAAAUGCCCUCUAAAAAAGGGAAAUAGACUUGUACAUUCUCUCGAGUACAACAAAUUAAAAGCGCUUAAACCUGGAACGUACACCAUCGCACUAAAGAUCUUCAGCUACGAAGGAAACCCACAUCCACUCUUUGCCUGUUUGAACUUCACGGUACAGCUUGUUUAGAAAAACACGUUGUUGCCAUUCCAUCAUCAGAAAUAUUCAAUUAUUUCCCCCUCAGUUAUGCUUUAACACAUUUCCUGUUGUUAACGAUAGAUAAUUAUACUAAUUAAGAUCGAGUCGGAAAAAAAUAUGGAUAAUGAUAAACAGGAAUAUGAUAGUUUUAGAAGAUAAAGUUCUAUAGGCUGUGUGAAAUGACAUUUUUCAUAUUGUUAUAAUGAUGAAACGUGUGAUAAACGUCUAUAUCUGUGUUUUUUUUUUCUUUGUUGUUAUUAAAUAAUCUUUUAAUAAAAUAUAAUGAUUUAAA